CAGAGCACAACGCUCCUGCUGGUGGCUUUUCCACUUCCAUCGUGCAGUCUUCUGGCCGGACCGGACGCCGCGAUCUCGCCCCGCACCCGCACGAAAAGCCGUCUCGCGCGCGUAUCGUUUUGUCCUGUCUCGUUUAAUUUUCGCGGUCCCACCGAAAAAAAAUCAAACGGCGAACAUUUUCCCGGGGUAUCCGUCACAGUUUAGCACGACGAAAAGUGCAUCUGCCCGCUCUUGUUCUCGUAAUACGCUAGAAUAUACCUGUGAAUUUGCAUUUCAAGUGCCAAGUCGAUGUGAGGACGGUGGUUUCAUGAGGAAUUAGCGAAGAACUAGCGGAGCCGAGAGAGACAGUGCCAACAUGCGGGAGAAACGAUGGCUGCUGCUGCUCGCUCUGUACGGAAUAUUAUUGGCCCACGCGGUCUGCGCAGCACUCAAGACCAGACCGAAAUUCAAAAUUGCGACAACCUCCACGACGACGACCACAACUGAGGAGCCUCACGUGGAGGAAAAUGAAAAUGCAAAUUCGGAGACGACAACUGUCGCGAUCGAAACAAACGGGACGACAGGACACACUCUAACAGGAAUUCCGCAAAUCGAUUACAUAUGGGACCCAAAUCUACCGCGCGAGUUAAAUGGCUAUAAUCUCAGUGAUUAUCCAUUCUAUAAUAGUAUACCCGAGGACAUUGACUUCAAAUGCGACGGCUUACAUGACGGAUUCUACGCCAGCGUGCCGCACAAAUGCCAGGUCUACCAUCACUGUCUCUUUGGUACUCGCUACGACUUCCUGUGCGCCAAUUUCACAGCAUUCGACCAGAAGACCUUCAUCUGUCACUUCGUAUCCGAGGUCGAUUGCGCCAACUCUAAGAAAUACUGGCACAGAAACGAUGCGCUUUAUCAAGCUAUCACGACUACGACUACUACUACGACCACCGUGGCGCCGGUUACCGUAUCAACCAGUCGACCGGCUGUACGCGAUCGAAUUCCACCCAGGAGAAGACCACCAGCGAGAAGGAGACCCUACGAUUACUACGAGGAAGACUAUUACGACGACGAGUACGGUCGUCCGUCGCGAGAUUUUGGUCGAGACGAAUACGAGUACGAAGACUGGAAGUACAGGCGUGACAGGGAUCGCGAAUUCAGAGACCGUGAUCGUGAUCGCGACUUUCGGGAAAGAGAUCCGCCAUCGCGCAGCAGAGACGAUAGAGAGCGAGAUGCCACCAGAGAUAGAUAUCUGGGUAGAGGCAACAGAAGAGAUCCACCAAGAUCGAGAGAUCCGUUGGAGGAUGAUGACUUGAGACCGCGGGGAAGAAAUCCAGAUCAAGGAGUCAGAGCGGCGUCGAGGGAGGUCGAUGAUUUAGAUGUGUACGAUAGACGAACGGAAUCGAGAAACAGAGAUACCGAUGAUCGAAGAUAUUCCGAUAAGAGGUAUAGAGAUGAUUACGAUGAUAAGGAAUCUGCAGCGCCUUCGGCGAGUGCUUCAUCCAACGCGGAAGGGCUGGUAAAGCCAGCUGCGCCCAGCAGUUCGGUUUAUGCAAGACCGAGAACACCGCCCAAGAUUAGGCGACCUGUACCGCUCUCGGAGCAAGAUAAAUAUGCAUAUAAAACCACUCCUGCACAACCAACAGAGGAACCACGACGACGACCGGCAGAUUUGACGGAGGAUGAUUAUUACGAUGAAGAAAUAGAGGAUGUUAGACCGAUCAGAAGACCGCUCAGAAGAAGACCUUCAUAUAGAGACAGAGAUAGAGACAGGGACAGAGAUUUUUAUGAAACUCGAGACAGAGAUCGUUCCAGAACUCGUUAUCAUUCAUCGCCGGAAGAAGUACGACCCAGAACACAUCAGGAUCGCUCCAGGGAUCGUUAUUAUGAUCGAGAUAGGGAUCGAGGUAGGGAUAGAUCUCCCGAUCGUGGAAAAGAUCGCGGUUCCGAGAGACCCUCGGAUCGUGAUCGAGGAAAAUCGCAAGAGUCCGAAAGACUCUCAGAUCGUGAUCGAGGAAGAUCGCAAGAUCCCGAGAGAUCCUCGGAUCGCGAUUUGCGCGGACGAUUGCAAGAUUCUGACAGGCAAGAACGACCACAUUCGCCUCGGCUUCUUGACCGCGAAAGAGAAUCCGAACGAUCGCGAUCGUCCUCGAGAUCGAAGGAUCUAUCAGACGCCACUGAAGUAUCCAAACGACCGAAUUCGUACGAUCGAACAACAGAGAAAACAACAACUACUACCACAACUACUACUACAACAACCUGCUUACCGGAACAUCUUAUUCAUAAGUCCGAAAUAGAUGUCAAGGAUGCGGUGACUGAUCGAUCGGAAAAGCCAUCAUAUUCUGAACGACCAUCCAGACCUACUCAGACCCAAAGCGAUCGCGUUGCGAGUGAUAUUCAAGAUUAUCAGAGAAAUUUGUCUGAGCAAUCUCAGAGAACGUCUCAACAAACAGAUUAUCAAGACAGAGAUCUGGAAAGUAAAAAUGAACAGAGUCAGGUAACAUAUACGGAUGAAUACUUGUCGGAAUAUUACGAUGAACCACUGGAAGAUCCAUCUCCGUCUCCUCCUCCACCUCGAACUGCCGUUCGAGUCGUAAAGAGGCCCUUCUUACCGUCUCGAGGUGGUAAUCCUAAUCCGAGAGGCUUGUCGCCAGUCGGUUCCAAAGCGCCGCAUUCAUCUAGAAGAGAGGAAGAAACAACUACUGAUCAUCAAAGCGCUGUAGACGAAAAUGAGCAUAAGACUUAUUAUGUACAAGAGGAACAAGAAGAUGACAGAAACAUCAAUCAUCAAGAAUCACACCUGAAAUCAGACAACAAACAGUACGAUGCUUACAAAUCCAUUCAAAGUGAUCAGAAGAAGCAACAGCAAGAUGAAUAUGAUAGCGCGAUAUUUAGACCUGUGUUACGAAGACCGGUCGAAAAACACAACGAAAAAGAGGAAGAAGAGGAAGUUUCAAGAACUCCGGAAGAUCCAUCAAAUUUCUCCAAAGGAUACUCCACUCAGAAUCAAUCUUACGAUUUACGGAAUCAUCAAGAUGAAAGUCUAACAUCCAAGUGGACGGAGGAUUAUUCGAGUGACAAGUACGCGAAUGCCGGCAACGUACAGACCAGUUCUCCGAUUCGCAGUAAAGUCAGAGCCGAGACCACGCCGAACAUCUAUAGCUCGACGUACAAAAACGAGGACAUGCCGGACCACCUGCCUUCGGGACCUGGCAAUAAUUACAGAGUCAAACAGAGAAUCAACGAAGUAACGCAUCGACUUCAGGAUAUCCCCGAGAGUGAAUACGACGUUACUCUAAACGAUGCCCUGACGCCGACCUUGAUUCAGGAAACUAAUUUACCAAGCGGAUUCGUUCUACCUAUUCAUAGACAGCAUCUGGGUAGAGACGCUGUGCUACAACCUUCCGAAAACAACUACAAACUGUCCAGGCCGAUUAAUCAUCAUCAUCAGCAGCAGCAGCAGCAGCAGCAGCAGCAACAGCAGCAUUCGCAUCAACAGAAAUCGUUCGUUCCGAGUCCUUCAUUCCUGCCAACAAACAAUAAUAAUGAUCGAGCUCGAACGACGUAUUACAGAACACCGGAAGCUAUACAGGUCAAUGGAGCGCAAUACAGACAGCAGAGACAAUGGCAAGACUACACCGUAUAUUGACAGAUUAUAAUAUCGAAUGAUGUAUCGUAUACGAAGGAGAUUUGAAAUUUUAUCUUGUUUCACGAGCGACAAACGAUUAAUUUAUACUGCCACCGAUCGACUUACCUAGGAAAGGCACUUUUGUGAAAGAAAUGCUGCUCACUUCUUUCUUUUAUGAAACUGGCUUUCCGCAGACAGACACCGCGCGUUCGACACUUAGACUUGUUGUAAUUAAAGAUAAUCAGUAUCAUUUGUUCCAAGACGUGCGACGUUUAUCUCGACGCGUCGCAUUGUUCCGAGGGUAGGAAAUAAUCUGUAAACGAUUCAGUUAGUUACGCGAUUCUGAUCGCGAGGUUUCAAAAUGAUAAAUUAUUAAUUAAAAUUUAAAAAUGAAUAGAAAUGAAAGAGACAGAUUAUAUUAUAUGUAAAUCAUACCACGCUAUUUCAAAAGGAAAGCAUAAUUUAAAUAUGGAAUACAAUGAGAUAUUAGUCAUUCUGAUACUUAUCGAUAUUCAUUAUUAUUCAUGCAUAUCGCAAUAAGAAAUAAAAGCAGGAUUAAUGUUCAAUAAUCACAUAGAUAAUUUGAUCAAUAAUAUUCUCCUCUUUCUUAUUGCUAGUUGAAGAAAUUCUAUAUGAUUAUAUGAUUAUUAGAUUCAAUUGUAUAAUUAUGUAAAUGCUACAGAAUAAGUUCGAUGUUUCCUGCGAAGUAACGUGAUACAGAAAUUAAAGUUAAAACAUGAUAUAAUUUAAUAAUGAUUUUUGCGAUAAUAAUGCAUUAUUAAUGAUACUUGAUCGAAAUCGAAAUCUUUAUUGGAAUGUUAGAGGUGCUGAAAACAUUUAUAUAAUAUAUAUAUAAUUCUAUUCUUCCUAAUUCAAAUAAACUUGUAAAUAAUUGUAUGAUUUUGUCCUAUGUAUAUUCGUUAUAUACUGCAAGUUGCAAUUCAAAAUAUAAAUAUGUUUCCCUGAAAUACUGUAUACAUUAAAUCCUAUCGUGUUAAAUUUGGAUAUUACUAGUAGAUAAGUCUUCCUGAGCGUGUAUCUUGUCUUAAAGCUAUGUCGAUAUUUACGUAUGAUAUAAAAGAGUGAGAAAAUAUA